AAGAAGGCGCGUAUGCAAAUAAUCGGCUGUGCCUACGACAGUAAAUCGAGGCUGCCAAUCCGCACAAGGAAACCUAGAGCGAGGAAAUGGGAAAGAGUCACCUAUCUUCGCCCUCUUCCGUUUUUGGCUGCAUAUUGACCCUCGCCGGCUGCCGUAGCGAAAAGAAAAGGUGGGCGGGAAGAACUGAGAAAGGAAGAUGGCGGCCGCCGGAGUGUUGCGGAGGUUCUCAGGGGUCAACAGUCUCUUUCACAAGACCUCUUCUGUCUUUUGGCAGUACUUCCUUUGGGCAUCCAGUCUCCAUAGUAAAUAGUGUAACACCUCUGCUUCCAAGUAUAUUUCAUCAGCAAACAAGGACUGUCAUCCAAUUUAGCUUGCGGAAAGGAAAACGGAAAACAGUAAAAGCUGUUGUUCAUAGAUUUCUCCGAUUGCAUAGUGGCCUUUGGCUAAGGAGAAAGGCUGGUUACAAGAAAAGAUUGUGGAAAAAAAGUGCUAAGCGAAUAAAGCGCUUGAGGGAACAUGUGUUCUGCAACAAAACACAGUCUAAGCUCCUUGACAAAAUGACCACGUCCUUCUGGAGGAGAAGAAACUGGUAUGCCAAUGAUCCCUAUCAGAAAUACCACGACCGUACAAAUAUUCCCUGGUGAAUUGCCGAAUUCACAUCUACUAUAGCAACCCAGACAGUCUGUAUGCCAGUUACGAAAUUAAUGGUUCAUAUUGAUAAUAUUUCCAUACAUGUAUAAUAAACAAAUGCAAAGGUCUUAUUAAACUAUGCUGAAAAAUAAAAAAAUAAACAUUUGAUUACUUUAAA